AUGUCUGAUCAGCCACAGCCGACUAGCGCGCCCACCCGCGAUGAUAACGUCUACAACGCCAAGCUGGCCGAGCAGGCGGAACGAUAUGACGAGAUGGUCAGCUCGAUGAAGAAGGUGGCCAUGGUGGACGGCGACCUGACGGUGGAGGAGCGCAACCUGCUCUCGGUCGCCUACAAGAACGUCAUCGGCGCCCGCCGAGCCUCCUGGCGCAUCAUCACCUCCAUUGAACAAAAGGAAGAGCUUAAGGGCGCGGAGAGUCGCGUCCAGCUGAUCAAGGACUACCGCUUUCAGGUGGAGAAGGAGCUGCGCGAGAUCUGCGGCGACAUCCUCGAAGUGCUCGACAGCCACCUCAUUCCAGCCGCCACCAAUG